AAAAUGAACCGGAGAUGAUGACCCUGGAGCGGUACGAUAGUGAGACCAGUUCCUGGAAGACUCUUCUCAAGAGAGUUGUUUUAUUCAAUGUGGAGGAUAAAUUCAUCUAUGCAUCACUUUUCAAGUCUGAAAACCCAAAAACUCAGAUUGAUGAGAGACUGAUGAUGAUCUCGACUGAUGGCGGAGACACUUGGAAUGAGGCCCAGCUUCCGACAUUGACUGGGGACAGGUUUUUCUCCGUCCUUGACAUGUCCGAGGGGCUGAUCUUCAUGCAUGUGGACAACCCUGGAGACACUGGACAUGGGACAUUGUACACUUCCUCAUCCGAUGGGAUCGUGUACUCAGAGUCACUUCGUAACCACCUCUUUCCCAACUACAACACCGUCCAUGACUUCUACAAGGUGGAAUCCAUGAAAGGGGUGUACCUUGCAAGCCAGAUGGCUGACGACAAGUCCAUUCACACGGUGAUUACUUACAACAGAGGGGCUGAAUGGAAGCAAGUACAGCGGCCAGAUAAUGUGGAGUGCUCAAAUAAUGAAAAGGAUGGCUGCUAUCUGCAGAUCCAUAAUGCAUACAGCAUCCAUCGAGGGAUUAAUGCACGGCCUCCACUUAGUCAGAAAGGGGCUUAUGGGCUGGUACUGGUUCAUG